AUGUCUUCCAGAUCUUCAGACGGCUCUCCAAUCUACGAUAGUUUCGACGUGGACCUUGUCGUUAAAGUUUUGUCUCAUACAGCUUUCAGUCCCUUUUUUAUCUUCUUUAUUCCUAUCUUCUAUUUAUUCCAAGGUGCCAAGAUUACGGACCCAAUCAUUGUCGGCUGGGGGGUUUACUAUGUCAUCAUUUCACUCUUCUGGUUCGUCAAGUGGUGCUCGCUACUCUACCGGAACCAAGGAAGUAUCUUGUUUGCUCCUCCGAGACUUGACUGGGGUGAACAAAUUGUGGUCAUAACUGGAGGUUCUUCUGGUGUAGGAGAGCUUUUGGCCAAUACUCUUGCUGUCCGAAACGUGAAUGUUGUAGUUCUGGAUGUUAAUCCCAUUGUAACCGAGAACUAUAACAUCACCUACUACCAGUGUGAUGUCUCAAAAUGGGAGGAGGUGGAUGCUGUUUCGAAGAAGGUGGUUGAUGAGAUAGGUCAACCGACCAUCCUAGUUAAUAACGCUGGUGUAGUGCAAGGGAAGCCAAUUUUGGACCUGAAGCCUGAGGACGUUCAACAAACAUUCGGGGUGAAUACACUAGCACACUUCUAUACGCUCAAGGCAUUCCUUCCUGGUAUGAUUCAGAAUGGAACAGGGCACAUUGUCACCAUGUCAUCGGCCUUGGGAUAUGGUGGGGUAGUUCGCAUGUCGGACUAUGCUGCCUCUAAAGCCGCCCUUAUCUCUCUCAAUGAAACACUUCGGUAUGAGUUAGACAAGUUGUACAAAUGUCCCGGCAUCAGGACAACUCUGGUUGUUUCAGGACGCAUAUCCACCCCUCUGUUCCAAAGUAUCAAUACGUCGUCAUCUCCGUUCUUCAAGUUCUUCAUUCCAACAGUUCCGUCGGUUACCGUUGUCAAAAAAGUCAUUGGUGCGCUGGAUGAUCAAUAUUCUCAGACGAUUUUGCUGCCGUUCUACGUCAAUUUCAUGCCGCUCCUCCAACAUCUGCCUCCUUUCUUAAGGGACUUUUGCCAGUGGGUCGCGGGGGCCGACGAAUCUACCGGUAAUUUCAAAAAAUCGACUGGUCUUCGGGCGGAUGAAGUUGUUGCCGAGAAGAGUUAAUUUUGGGAUGACGUCGUCACGUAGGCUACUGUGUUGUAUCUGAUAAGAUAAUUGAUGCCGUUUUGCCCGAGCUGUCAUUUUCCCAUCACUACAGCAACAUCCACCAUUGCUCAGCGCCACAUUUGUUUUUUUCAAAAUCGACGAAGCCGCAAACAAUUCUGGUCUGCAAAAUUCACCCGGAUUCACCUCUCUUCCUCUUUCCCUCACAUCGAUUCCUUCUGGACGAAUUCGCAGGGAGUUGCCUUUGUUUUUCGGGACACCGCCACAUCUUCAACGAGCCUUUGUUCGACGCGUCAAGAAGUCCCACGAACAAAGAAACCGUGUCAAAGACCUAGGUCCACCGAUACCAGGCACUAACGGGCGAAACAAAGGCUGUCAGACUUAGUCGCUACAUCCAGUUACAGCGUGAGCAGAUAGCCACACACCGCACAAACAAACAACACUCUUCUACUUACCACGACCAUAUUCCAUCUCGCCUUACCUCUCCCAUC